CAACUUCAUCUUGACAUCUUGAACCUCGCCUUUCUCCGUCUAAAACGUCGCGGUCGCAAGUACCAAGAAACAUGGUUCGCCACAAGAAAGACAACUCGUCCGCCAAGGCAAAGAAAUUCUCCACGAAACCUCGACACACAGCACGCUCUACAGGACCUGGAGGCGAAGAUGGUGGCGCUAGUGAGCGCCCUCCUUUCAAAGCAGCAUGCUGGGAUUUCGGCCACUGUGACUCGAAAAGAUGCAGUGGGAAACGGCUCAUGCACUUUGGCAUGAUGCGUGAACUACCCAUCGGCCAGAAGUAUCCUGGUGUCGUCAUCUCCCCGAACGCAAAGCGAGUCUUAUCCCCCGCUGAUAAGGACUUACUGGAACAAUACGGCGCAGCCGUAGUCGAAUGCUCAUGGGUCCGAGUACAAGAAAUUCCCUGGUCACGCAUCGGUGGCAAAUGUGAGCGGCUACUACCUUAUCUCGUGGCUGCGAAUCCCGUCAACUACGGCCGACCAUGGCGGCUGAACUGCGUCGAAGCACUGGCCGCGUGCUUCUGCAUAUGCGGCCACCAAGACUGGGCGGAGGUGGCACUACGACAUUUCCCGUAUGGCAAGCCGUUUCUGGAAAUCAACUCGCAGCUAUUCAAGCGAUAUGCCGCUUGUCAGGACGAAGAUGAGAUCAAGAAAGCGGAGGAGACGUGGUUGGCCAAACUGGAGAAGGAGUACUCGGACAGUCGACUCAAAGGACCGACCGACGACGAUGAUGAUUGGGCCGGAGGCAACUCAAACAGACGCGAGGUGUUUGCUUCAGACGAGGACGAGGAUGAGGACGAAGAUGACGACAGGAACUCAGAAGAAUCGGAAGACGAAGACGACAGCACCUCACAUCAGCAAGGCGUGCCACUGGGUUUUCCACCGGAUGAGGACGACGAGGAUGAAGAGGCCGAAAUGGCAGAAAUUCGCCGCAAGAUCCUGGCAUCAAAGCCCUUCUCCGAGUCCAUUCCGUCGGAAAACCGCAAGAGAGAGCCGCAGCAAGGACACGCCGACAGCGCGGCUACGAUGCUGACUACAGAACCUCCAGCAGCGCUUGCAGAGUCUGAUGCAGAGUCCGGCUCGGGGGAGGAAGAUUACGACGACUUUGACCAGAUCGCCAACGCCACGCCCGUGACAGAUCGGACGGGCAUCGUCGCACGAGAAAGACAGAAGAAGUUGGAGCAAGCCAGUGCGUCGUUCUCGAGGACCAUAGUCUCUGCCCCCAAGAAGUGGUAGUCACGCCGCAGUCGGAUAUGCCAUUGUAGUCCGAACAGAUCAGCGGGUGCCGCAUUCCUGCCUUCCACUUCCACUUUCACAUGCGGUCGAUAAAACGAGGCCCCAUCGUCCUUUUGCAGUACCUGCACUGCACGUUAUCUCACAGCCCUUCUAUCCGUAGCUGUACUCGGAAUUCUU